AUGCCAAUCCUCAUCGAGCUGCUCGAGGACAAGUUGAACGACGCUUCGGUUUCCGCAUGGGAAGAAUCAAUCACAACGGAGGAACACCCUACGUACUCUAAAAUGGUCGAGUUUCUGCAGAAGCGAGCGCGCGUAUUUGAGACGAUUUCUAUCAACCGACCUCAGCAUGUUAAUCCCAAGUCCGUUAAUCAUCCUUCAGCUCCGAAGAAAUCAAACCAGCCCCGAUUCAGCACAUAUGCAGCAACUGAAAUUGCAGCAAAUUCGUUCAACGGUCUCGAUUCGAAAGGUCGCAUGAAGGUGGUUACGGACAAGAAACUUUGCAGCAACUGCUUCCGUAGUGAUCACUUUGCCCGUAACUAUCGCUCGAUGUAUUCUUGCAAGCAUUGCUCCAAGCGACAUCAUUCGAUGCUCCAUCCGGGGCCAUACGAGCUCAACUUGCCAACCACCGAUGAGAAUGCAGUAUCUGGACCUGCAGAAUGA